UAUCAAACUUCAUAAUCGAACGGUAUAGAUCAUCUGGUAAUCACUGCCACAGCUCAUAUGAUCUGAAUGUUUUACUCGUCUCUUUCCAAACGAGCUUGCGUGAGCAAUGGAGCACAAAAGCUGACGCUGUUGAUUUUUAUUUCCCCCUUUUCUAACCGAGAAUUUAUAAGAGAAAGGCGAAGAAAGUCAGUUGGGAUUCGUCGAUACUCUAUUGUGGUAUCCAAUUUGAAUACGCUUGUAUAUGAAAAGUAAAGAGUUUGUUGGACCUUUCAGAUUGUUUGGUGUGUGAUCAGGUAUAUGGUGUAACUCAAUGUGCAUAUAAAGAUAAGAUUUCUCAAUCUAUAUAUUAAGAGAGUGAAUUAGGGGAUAAGUUGAGAAGUUGGAAAAUUUGAGGUUCUCAAUCUAUGCUUUCUCGCCUUCUAAUUUGGUGGUGGACUUAGAUGGACGUUUCCUCUCUGGAUCCUAAUAGUGCGACUGAAACUGAUCAAUUCCCUUUGUUACCGGAGCGAAUGGAAAGUCAUACAAGUCGUGAGCACACAAUUGACAUAACUAGAAAUGAUGAUGCUUCAUCGAGCUCAUCUCAUGAUGAUCAUCAUCCAACAAUGGAUACAGCUCCGCAUGUUGACAGACCAUCUAGCAGUACAAAUGUCUCCACUUAUCAAGCUACUUCCUCCUCCACAAACCGAUUAAACACAAGGAGUUCUUCGUUUAUGAGGAGAGGUGACGGAUAUGGUCGUCGUCGAAGGAGCCCCUUGAAUUCUGCAUUAUGGAUUUCAGUGGAGCUAUUUGUCACUGUGAGUCAGAUUAUAGCAUCUGUAGUUGUUUUAUCGUUAUCAAGAGAUGAGAACCCACAAGCCCCAUUGUUUGCAUGGGUUGUUGGUUAUGCAUCUGGCUGUGUUGCAAUGCUUCCUAUCCUUUACUGGCGUUUUCGUAACCGCAAUCGUAGUACUCAACAAGAUUCUACUCGACCCGAACAAGGCUCUUCACAUAGUAAUCCUCCUGAACUGGCAUCUUAUACAGCUAUUUUUGUUAAUCAACCAUCAGACGUAGGCAAUAAUCAAGCCCCUGAAUCACCCACAAGGAAUAACCAAACAGGAGGAUCCUUAAGUACACGAUUUAAUGGCUUUGUGGACCAUUUCAAAAUGGCAUUGGAUUGCUUUUUCGCUGUCUGGUUUGUGGUGGGCAAUGUGUGGAUUUUUGGAGGACACUCCUCCCCCGCUGAUGCUCCUAAAUUGUAUAGGUUGUGCAUAGUGUUCCUUACCUUUAGUUGCAUAGGAUAUGCUAUGCCUUUCAUAUUGUGCGCAACAAUAUGUUGCUGCUUACCUUGCAUAAUUUCUGUGCUGGGCAUUCGGGAGGAUCUUUCUCAAACAAGGGGAGCCACCGUUGAAACGAUUAAUGCCCUGCCAACCUACAAGUUCAAGUUAAAGAAGCAUGAAGAUGGUAAUGAAGAUGAGCUUGAUUCUGGAGUUGGUGAAGGUGGGAUCUUGGCGGCAGGUACAGAAAAGGAGCGUGAAAUUUCUGGGGAAGAUGCGGUUUGCUGUAUAUGCUUGGCAAGAUAUGCAGAUAACGACGAGCUGCGAGAACUAACAUGUACCCAUGUUUUCCAUAUUGAAUGCGUGGACAAAUGGUUAAAAAUCAAUGCAUCAUGCCCUCUAUGUAAAGCAGAGCUUACUGAGCUCCUCCCAACUUCACCGGUGGCAAGAGACUCCAGCUAGCAAUAGGGAGGAAAAGAUGGGCAAUGGGUCACCUUCGGUUUAAACAUUAAAAAAAAAAAGCAUGGAUUUUAGUCCCGAUAUUCUCGAUCUCUGUAGGAACUGAAAGUCAGGGAUUAGGUACAACAAAUGCAAAUUUCCUGGAAAUCCCUGAUACUGUAUUGCAGAGGCAAUACAGUGAGAUAGAUGAGAAAGGCUGUCUCUGAUUCUAAUAAGCUUGGGCCCAGAAUAAAACAGGGGGGGUAUGCAGAAAGAACAGUUGUAUCUAAGCUUUUCCUAUAUUGUUAAAGAAGUUGAGUUUCUCCUCAACUCUCUCCAUUUUGACAUUUAUAGAGCUUUGUGAAAAUUGACAGGGAACACGUUUUCACAUGUUGCUGUCUUUCCACUGCUACAUCUUUAAUCCUGUCGUGGUUGGAUGAACUUUUGAUCCUUGUAAGUUGCAAAUGUAUUAUAUAAUAUUAUUAUUAUGGGUGAAAAUGAAGUCAAGUCCUUGCAAUUUA